CAUCACCAUCUGUACUGGUUGAUCUCUUUCUCUUCCAAUGGGUAGCAGUACUCUGUGGUUCUUCUUGCCUCUUGAGGUGAUCACUGCUGUAGCAUGUUGUCUGGGUAAUGCGCUGGUGAUCUGGGCAGUGUGGACAUGUGGAGCCCUCUGGAAGCCCACCUUCUGCUUCAUUGUGUCCCUCGCUGUGGCUGAUUUCCUGGUGGGGUCUGUGGCCAUCCCCAUAGCUGUGCUGGUGGACAUUGGUAUCAUCUCCUCCUUUUAUGGCUGCCUUUUCAUGUGCUGUGUCAUCAUAAUGCUAGAGGUGGCCUCUGUCGCCUUUCUCCUGGCCAUUGCAGUGGACCGUUUUCUCCGUGUGCGCAUCCCUCUGACGUAUAAGUCUACAGUCUCUAAAAACCGCUUAUGGAUCGUGGUGGCACUCUGCUGGGUCACUGCUGCAUUGUUGAGCUUUAUCCCCAUGUUUGGAUGGCACAAAUCUUUGGACACAGACAGUAUUAAAUGCAGAUUCUUCACUAUUAUCUGCGAUUCAUAUCUAGUUUACUUCAUAUUCUUCAGCUUAUACCUUCCUCCAUUGGCUCUCAUGACAGGCUUGUACUGUUACAUCUUCCUGAUUGCUCGAAGGCAGUUAAGAGCAAAUAUAGGUGUGGGUUCCAAGUCCAGCACAUAUUACCAAAAAGAACACAGACUGGCUGCUUCACUUGUUCUCGUCUUAGUUCUGUUUGUUGUCUGUUGGCUCCCUCUGUUCCUCAUGUUUACUGUAAGAUUAUAUGGUCAUAAUAUUAAGGUGCCCUCUGUUGCCAUUGAAUUAGGUGUCCUCCUGUCUCAUGCUAAUUCAGCAGUUAACCCCAUAGUUUAUGCGUUUACGAUCCCAAAGAUAAAAGAGGCGUGUAGGAAGCUGUGGAGAAGAGUUUAUCAUGACAGAGAACAGCAGCAGAGUGAACAGAACAAGAAUAAUACAGACAAAAACACAAACAGCCAUGCAGAAAACACCGGUACAGAAAACCAAAAAGCUACACAGGAGUCGGAGUUGUAAUAACCUACUGCAACUGAUUACAAAUAUGAGGUGCACAAAGACCAUAAUUGACCAUUUGCAAAAUUAUGAUCGACACGUCGCUCAGCCAUCACAGUCGUCAGUAAAUGC